UAAGAGCAGUUACUUGCGCGACAAACCCAUUGAAGAAGUGUGAAUAAGUGCUAAAACAGUUGACUUAAUUUUUGUUUUCCACUUUUGUACUGGUUUUCCGAUUUUGUGAAACUAUUUAAGUUUUUCCUCGAUUAUUCGAGUGAAACUAAAUCAAAAUAAAACAUACAAGAAAUUAUUUACAUUGGUCGGUUUCAGAGUAUUUCGGUUCGGAGUGGUUUUCUUCGUGUGUUUCUUCGAUGCAAUGUUUUCGAUUGUGCCAUUUUUAAGCAAUAUAUAGUAUAAUUUGUGUUUUGUAUUUCUGUAAUUGGAUUGUGGAAAACGUAUUUCUGCGAAUCAAUUUUUACAACUCUAAAAAUACUGUAAGAGGGUUUGAAACUGCACUGUGCUUUUUUACCUUACACAACUGAGAAAAGGAAUAUUUUUAAAAUGGCAAUGGAACAACGAGAUGUCGGUGUCAGGGACUUCGUGCUCCUAGACCAAAUAACAAUGGAAAAAUUUAUGGACAACUUGCAAAAAAGAUUUCAAGCUGGUUCUAUUUAUACAUAUAUCGGUGAAGUCUGUGUAUCUAUUAAUCCAUACCGCCAGAUGAAUAUUUACGGCCCCGAUACGAUCAAGAUAUAUAAAGGCCGGGAACUGUUUGAGAAUCCGCCACACAUUUUCGCUAUAGCCGAUGCAGCAUACAAAAUUUUAAAACAAAGACAUCAAGACACUUGUAUCUUGAUAUCGGGAGAGUCCGGUGCGGGUAAAACUGAAGCGUCAAAAAUUAUUAUGAAAUAUAUUGCGGCCGUUACAAAUAUCCAUGGUCAGAACGAGAUCGAGAGGGUGAAGAACGUGCUAAUACAAAGCAAUUCAAUCCUGGAAACAUUUGGAAAUGCGAAAACUAAUCGGAAUGACAAUUCAAGUCGAUUUGGAAAAUACAUGGACAUUGAGUUCGACUAUAAAGGGGAUCCAGUAGGCGGCAUUAUCACUAACUAUUUGUUGGAAAAAUCACGUGUUGUGCAACAACAAGCGGGUGAGAGAAAUUUUCACAGUUUCUACCAGCUUCUGCGAGGUGCUAGCGAUAAUGAAUUGCGGCAAUUUGAUCUCGUCAAAGAUCCCACCAGAUACCAUUAUAUGAAUCAAGGCAGUAUCGACGAACUCUCUGAAAAAGCAGACUACAAAGGCACAAAUAAUGCUUUCAAGACGCUUGGAUUCUCUACUGAAGAAGUGCAAACUAUUUGGCGUACUAUUGCAGCUGUUCUUCAUUUGGGCAACAUUGAAUUCCAAUCGAUUGAAGAUGAUCUGGUUAUCAGUAACAAAUCGCAUUUACAAUCUGCAGCUAAGUUAUUGCAAGUGACAGAGAACGAGUUGUCUAAUUCUUUGACAACUCGAGUUAUUGCUGCUGGCGGAACCGUUAUGCAAAAGGAACAUAAUGACACCCAAGCUGAGUAUGGCAAGGAUGCCUUGGCUAAAGCCAUUUAUGAUCGUCUAUUUACUUGGAUCAUAGAACGCAUAAAUCGUGCCAUUUUGUUUCGCGGUUCGAAGACUCAGGCGCGCUUCAACUCAGUGAUUGGCGUUUUAGACAUUUAUGGAUUUGAAAUUUUUGACAGCAAUAGCUUUGAGCAAUUUUGUAUAAAUUAUUGCAAUGAAAAGUUGCAACAGUUGUUUAUUGAGCUGGUAUUAAAACAGGAGCAGGAAGAGUAUCAACGAGAAGGAAUUGAAUGGACCAAUAUCGUCUAUUUCAAUAACAAGAUUAUCUGCGAUCUAAUCGAACAACCGCAUAAGGGUUUGAUUGCUAUUAUGGAUGAAGCUUGCCUCUCGGUAGGUAAAAUCAACGAUGAAACACUACUAGAUGCUAUGGAUAAAAAUCUUAGUGCCCAUCCGCAUUACAGCAGUCGCCAAUUGAAACCAAUGGAUAAAGAACUAAAACAUCGAGAGGAUUUUCGAAUCACACAUUACGCGGGUGAUGUUAUUUACAACAUCAGUGGAUUCAUUGAAAAGAAUAAGGACACUUUGUAUCAGGAUUUCAAGCGACUUUUAUAUCACUCUAAAAAUGCCAACUUGAGUAAAAUGUGGCCCGAAGGUGCCCAGGAUAUUAAGAAGACUACCAAACGUCCUCUUACCGCUGGAACGCUUUUCCAACGCUCCAUGGUAGAUUUGGUGAACACGCUUUUAAAAAAGGAACCAUUUUACGUCCGCUGCAUUAAACCUAACGAUAUAAAGAGUGCAACUGUGUUCGACGAUGAGCGUGUACAGCAUCAGGUUCGCUAUCUUGGUCUGCUGGAGAACGUGCGAGUCCGUCGAGCUGGAUUUGUACACCGUCAACGAUACGAUAAGUUUUUAUUACGUUACAAAAUGAUUUCUCAGUAUACAUGGCCUAAUUUUCGCGGAGGCAGCGAUCGCGAUGGCGUGCGAGUUCUAAUUGAAGAAAAAGGAUUCGCCAAUGAUGUGAAAUAUGGUCAUACAAAGGUGUUCAUACGCUCACCUAAAACAUUGUUCACAUUAGAGCGGCAGCGAAAUGAAAUGAUUCCUCAUAUAGUUACAUUGUUACAAAAGCAGGUUCGUGGUUGGAUAGCACGGCGUAAUUACAAGAAAAUGAAGGCCGCGCUCGCCAUAAUGUGUGCUUAUAAAACGUAUAAAUUACGCUUUUACGUACAUGACCUAGCUCAACGAUUCCGUAACGUCAAGAAUACAAGGGACUAUGGUAGAAGCAUCCAAUGGCCAAAACCACCAUUUGCCGGACGACAAGUAGAACCUCAAUUACGACGUAUUUUUAACAAUUGGCGAGCUUAUAUGAUACUCCGAAAAUAUCCACGAUCUGAGUGGCCCCAACUACGUUUGCAGAUCAUUGCUGCGACUGCGAUAAAGGGCCGUCGGCCAUAUUGGGGGCAGCAACGUAAAUGGCUUGGUGACUAUUUAGCUAAUUCGCAAGAAAAUUCAGGCUAUCAAGCUUAUAGCAUCAACACAAGGAAUUUAAAGAACAGCGAGGCAUAUAAUGCGGUUCUCUUUUCCUCUUUUGCAAAGAAAUACAACAAGCAUAAUAAAUCUGCUGAUCGCGCUUUUAUCGUAACGGAUACGGCUAUCUACAAACUAGAUGGAGCCAAACACAAAUUUAAAAACAUGAAUCGCUCUAUAUCUAUCAAAGACUUAACAUCGAUCAGCAUAAGCCCUGGACGUGACCAACUUAUAGUAUUUCAUUCGCCAACAAAUAAUGACUUGGUAUUUGCCUUGCAAGGUGAAAAUUCACAAUUAAAAGAGGACCGCAUCGGCGAAGUAGUGGGUGUGAUCUGUAAAAAAUACUUCGAUAUUUGCCAACGUGAUCUGCGUGUGGAUGUUAGUGCUACAAUAGCCUGCCGAUUGGGUGGUAAAUCCCGAACCAUUACCAUAGAGGGUGAACCAGGAGUAGAAAGUCCGAAUUUCCGACAUACAGCGGGAAAUAUAAUUUUCGAAAUUCCACCAUCCUAUUGCGCUUAAAAAUGAAUGCGCUUUAAAAAUGAAACUACUGGAAAUUCUUCUAUUGUCUGGUUUUUAUAUCCGACUCGUUCGUGCCGCUUUCUAAAAGUGCAUCUGUAUAUUUUUGUGUAUAUAGCAUUAUCUUUGACUUGUAUUGUUUAAAUAUUUGUGUGCAGCAUUUUACAAAGCGUUUCCCCCUUUUGUGGUUUAAUAUAAAAACGGUGCAACUCCAAUUAUGUUGUCAACAUUUUCACCACUUUUCGUUAAGUUUGUUAAUAAUGGAAAUAACACAGUUUUAAAUCUACCCACCUUUAUUUAAAAGUUACGAAAGUUGGUUUAUGUUUAUGAAAGUUUUUAUAUGUACAAAUGUACAUGUGCAUAUCUUACAUACAGUCGCCUUCAAAAUACAAGAACAUUACGCUAUGAUCAAGGGCAUUAAAUUGUAAUAUUAAAAUUUUACUGAUUACCGAAAACAAUUAUAAUUUACAUCGCCAGUAAAUUUUUAUUGAUUACUAAAAAUUUCUACUGGCGCUGAAAACGCAAUGUACUCUAGCCUGAGGAGAUAAAUCCUAAAAACUUAGCUUAUCUAAAAAGAACGUAUUACAAAAUCAUCACCGCAAACUUUAUACAAUACGAACCAGAUAAACUGUAUGGAAGAACAGAGAAAAGUCAUCCGAUGCACUAAAAAAAAAGUGCAGUAAGUAUUUUUAUUAUUGCACAUUUGUGUCGUUGGUUGUGAAGCCUAGGACAAAUGGUGACACAUACGCUUAAUUUUUUAAAUUUAUCAGCACAAUUUUACUGACUACUGCUAUUUUUUCAGUGACAAGUCAAAAUUUACUGAUUACACUGUGUGACAAAAAAAAAAAAUUAAAUAUACUUUUAUGGAGACCUAGCACAACUUGUGGCUAUAGAAAAACUAAAGAAAAUGGUAUAGGAGAAAAUCUCGUUUUAUGGCCAUAAAACCGUUUUUCAGUAGGUUGAUGUGAAGAAUCACUCCUAACUUCGCCAAUUUCCAUCCGAUUUCGAAUUUGUUUUUUUAGUUCGAAAGAACAAAAACAAGCCUUUUUGACAGUGUGUUGACAAUUUUUCCGAAAUGACAACUGACGAGACUGUAGGCGGAAGUAUUUGGAAUUUUUUUUAUUUUUUCUCUAUUUUUUCAACUUUGACAUAAUUUUUACGAUAUUAUCCGAUAUUGAGGGUGUUUUUUAGUAGACUACUGUUAUAGUAAAUUUAAUUUUGCGUCGUAUGAGCUAUAUUUGACUGUAAUUGAAUUAAAAUUAAUAGAGUUGUGUGAGUUUUAAGAUUUUAUUUUUUUUUUGUACUAAUUUGGUAUGUAGGCAUCGAAGCAUGAAAAUGAUAACAAGUGUGAUUAUAAACACAUAAUAAUUAUUGGAGUAAAAAAACAAAUUCGAAAUCGGAUGGAAAUUGGCGAAGUUAGGAGUGAUUCUUCACAUCAACCUACUGAAAAACGGUUUUAUGGCCAUAAAACGAGAUUUUGGGGGUGUAUUGGAAAUUUUUCCUAUACCAUUUUUCUUAAUUUUACUAUACCUACAAGUUGUACUAGGUCUCCAUAAAAGUAUAAAAUCACUGUCGCACAGUGUUAUUUACUUUAAUCUUUUUCAAUAAUCAGUACUAAUUUAUUUUAUGCAAGUUUACUGGUAGUGCAAAGUGCCCAUUUAUGGUCUUCAAUACGAUUCGAGUAACCUGAUAAGUAUUAUAUGCAUUUGUAUUGAAUAACUAAUAUUCCAUAACAACCAAAUAUAUUUACAUAAGUAUAUAUGUACAUAUUAAGGAAUGUAUUGUAUAUAAUAUUAAACCCAAGGAAUAUCCAACAACUUCAGGCGCAUAAAACAUACUUUUUUUAAUAAAAGGAAUAAAGAAAUUUAUGUACUUAAGAUAUACAUAUAUAUGUAUGUAUGUACGUAUGUAUAUGGCAUUGGAGUAGAAUGAAAGGAACUCCAAUACACAAAUAAAGCACAGCGAUUAUUUUAUUAGUAUGACUUGUAUCACAAAAACCGAUUCGUGGCUCAUGUAAACGAAAUAACAUUUUCCAAAUAGCAUUGCACAACAUUAUGUGUAUGUACACAAAUGGUGCCAUAUUAUACAUAAAAAUAUCUUCACAGUUACAUUGCAAAAGGGCUUGUGAUUUUUGUAAAAGCCCAUAUGAUUUUGGAGAAUGUUGCUGUCUAGACAUAAAUCCGAUACUGUAGACCCGACCGUAAAAGUGACUUGAAUUCAUGCAUUAUUCGUAGCAAAUAAGUAUUUACAUAUAUAUUUAACACUAAACAGCUUACAUUCAAAAAAUAUACUUAAAUUAUUUUCAUAUGAAUAUUCAAGGAAUUCGCAUGGAAUGGCAUGCCUUAAGCAAUAUCAUAUAGAGCAGUAAGCAUCCAACUGGUAAUGACCUUGGCAUAGUUAGAAGUUGGUAUAAAAAAGUGCUGCAUGGAUGUAUGAAUGUUUCUAAUUAGGAAAUAAGACAGAGAUUAAAAUAUUUUCUGAUGAAAAGUGUAUGUUUAUUAAAUUUUCUUUAUAAAUCCCAUCAAACCGA